AUGGCGCCCCGAAAGCGACGAGCGCCGGCGCCGGCUCCGGCCGACUACCAGUCGAUCACCGUGGCCUUGUCGCCCGGUACGGAACAGCCUUCGGGCAGCCACCAAAAAGAGCCGCUAACCGCAGCGGCACCGGCGCGGCUCUGGCCCUCUGCCGCUGAACGUGGUCAACACGUGGACCGCGCCAUCGUUAACAACGCCGAGCUACAUGCCAACUCGCAAAAUAUCCUCACAAUGAUCAGGGCAGCCCGGCCGAAGAAUACGACCUCGGCUUACGAGCCAAAGCAGGAAGAGUUUCGCCGGUUCUGCAAGCGGAAGCAGUACCAAGAUGGCGAGACGGUCAGGGAGGAUAAGCUCCUUCUUUUUCUUGUCGAGGAAGUCGUCCAUCGGCCGCUGCGGUCGCGGAGCCGGAAGGCCGCCGAAGAUAUCCCCCUCUCAGAGACUCGGCUUUCGUGGCGAUCAGUUCGGUCGUAUAUAACGGCGAUUACCGACCUCUACCGCGCGCAGAAAGCGCUCGGUAUGAACACCUAUCCGUCGCCCCGGGAGGACAACGCUAGGGAGUAUAUCAAAUCCCUACAGCGCCGGGAUGCAGAGCAGCAAAAGGCCAAUUACGCCGACAAGGGCCGAGAUACCCUUCUUGAUGGCUACUCCGAGGAGGAUUUGAAGCGGAUCGCCGGCGAGCUCUGGGGCCGUACGGCACAGUCGGCCGAGUGCCACCUUCGGACCCUGGUUGACUUGCUCCUCGGCCACUAUAUGCUUACCCGCGGAGGUGACCGCCGAGCUCUUGAGAUCUCGGACCUGUUUACGUUCGAAUUCGCCGGCGAGGGCCCUACGCGGUGCAUGCCGCUCAUUAUUACGACGCGAGCCGGGAAGCAAAACCAGCACGGCCGCUUGGAGACUGCCAGCGCACUUCGCAGCCGUGACCCGCUUAUCUGUGUGCUCGGCGCCAUAGCCUUUUACCUACUUUUUCGGUGGGACCUUACCAACGAGCCGUUCCCAGAGUUCGAGAACCGGGCACAAUGGUACGAUAUUCGGCUGCUAAAGAGCACCGACGCCAGUCCUACCUCUGAGUUCGCAUACAAUAGCCAACGGGACUGGGUUAUCAAGGCAUUUGCGUACGCGGGUAUCCAGUCGAUCAAGAAGACCCACGUCGGCCGAAGCUCUGGGGCAAAGACGGCCGAGCUGAAAGGCAUAAGCGAGGCACAGAUUCAGCGUGCAGGCCGCUGGAACCAGGAGCAAAUGGUCGGCUGUUACCUGAAUUCGCUAUCCCGGAAGUUUAUGCGGACCAUGGCCGGCCACCCGGCGCAGAUGGGUUGCUUUGAAAUACGCCGGGCCCGAAUACCGCCUCCAGGCUCACUCUUGCCGUUGAUCUGGCCGGACCUAAACAGGUGGGCCGGCAAGUUCGGUCCAGGGCCGGGGCAAGUAAACGAUCUAGCGGCGGCUGGCUUCACUACCUUGUUAUUCUACCUCCGGGAGGUUAUCUUACAGGACUCGGCGUUGCUAAUGCGCCAAUUCCCAGACUGCGCAGUAUGGAGCCAUCCGGUAUUUCAGCAUAAAGACUACGCGCCAUACGCAGGCCGGGUACUAGCGUUGAUAGAGGAAGACGAGCGGCCAACUGAACUAGCCAUCUUGACACAAGCGUUGCCAGCCCUUACCGACUAUCUCAAAAUGGCGGAAGCCCGGCGCGAGGCGCAGAUGACGGAGCUUUCGGCAGCCCUGACGGCCGAGAUCCGUACGGCUAAAGAACAGCUGGCCGGAGCUUAUCAGUCUUCCUUACAGACCUUCCUUACCGAGAGCGUCUUUCAGCUAAAGUCGGCCACUAGGCCAGUGCCGGUGCCAGCACCGGCGCCGGCACUGGCCUCUACACCUCUAGUUCCGUUGCCCCAAAGGCUUGGCGAAGUAGUUGCGGAAGGGGAGGGGAGUGUCUACGGGUCGGCACCCUUGUUGUCGGUAAGUCGCUCCGCUAGCCCAGGGGCCGCCGGCUUAGCGGAAGAGCACAGUCUUGAGGCAGGGGCAGAGGCAGGGGUAGAGCCGCCGAGGUAUCGCAUGAGCAGGGCUGUCAAGACUGUGAGGGACCUCUGGGCGCGAGUGGACCGUUGGCCUCCAGGGCGGCCCUUCGAUUACGGCACUAGACAACCGGUGGGGGAGUCGAUGGCGAGCCGGCCGUCAGGCCGAAGUGCAGUGGUAUUCCUUACGGCUCGAAGUCAUCCGGGAGAUCCGGCGAGUUGCCCGGUCGCGGCGAAUAAGCGAGGAAUCGGCCAUGCAAGCCCGUACAUUGAUUCGAACUCGUGGCCUCUUGGUAGCUAA